AUUGGACGCGCCACAACUUGCGAGCUGUUCUACAGCCUCACAUCAACUGCUAGUAUCACAAAGGGAGAGCUGAGAAGAGGUGCAAACCGACUUUCAUCCAGAGCAUCUUUCUCAUCCACCAACUAUGGAGAGGGGGGUCAGAUUUUUCCCAAUCUUGCGUAGUGCGUUGUGGUUUCUGGUUAUGCUUUAUUUCUUCGAAGUCACCAAAUCAGAGAUAACUUGCAGAUCAUGUCAACCGGGAGAUAAGUGGCGUGCCCGGGCAUUACGGCUGAAAAUGAGCACACGAGAAUUCGCAACAGGGUUAGGAAGCGAAGUUUUGGGAAAUGGAGACGGGUCAGAGAGAGGGGAUUUAGCAAGCGCUGAAACUCGCCACCUUGAAUGCGCAGCACCUGGGUCCAACGAAUGCCAAGGGAACUACGUCCAUUCAAGGCGAAAAAGGAAUACUGACAAGCUCCGUUCAAACAAUACGCUCCGUGAAGGAAUGCCGUAUGGCAAACGUGAAUUUGAGGAAGACAAAGUUCUAGACGGAAGAAAUAACGGUUAUCUCAACACUGGUGUCGGGAAGGCUCGUUUAGCUUCAACCCCUACCACUCGGCGCAUGCAACGAGUUAGAAGGAACAGCCAAAGACCUAACCCUGGGGAUAAAGUUAAGUCAUCCGGCGCAACACAGAACCAAGAGUCUCUGCCUUUGCAAAAGCCGCAUCGGGGUAUCACAUCGCCGGCUAGGCGCAGAGUAACACGGUCCGAAUUACGAUGGAGCGGCGAGGACAGGAGGACAGCUGGUUCAAGGCAUGAUGAACUGAAGCUGACCAGCUCAACCUUCGCCUUGACCGGGGAUUCGUCUCAUAACCAAGCCAUGGUGCACUGGUCGGGGCAGAAUAGCAGCGUUAUUCUGAUGCUGACAAAGUUGUUUGACUUCAACCUCAACAGUGUCACCGAGAGCUCCCUGUGGAGGAUCCUCUACAGCUCAGUGGAGUUUGGAAGAAGAUGGCAACUGGUGCACGAGAAAGUGGCUCCCAACCGAUUCUACUGGUCGAAAAUCGGUUUGGACAAAGAACCCGGGUUGAUCCACCUGGAAACCAGCAUAUCUGAAGGACUGGCGCUGUACGUCACCUGCAAGUUGCAGAACUGCACCAAUGCCAACAAGGGCAAGCCUUUUCCUGGAUACAUCGACCCCAACUCCCUGGUGGUGCAGGAUGAAUACGUGUUUGUCCAGGUAUCCACUGGUGGGCGUGUGAUCUACUACGUGUCAGCCAAGAGAGACGUGUUCACGCCAAUGAAAUUGCCCAAGUACACUUUGCCUAAGGACCUGCAUGUGAUCAGCACCGACGAAAACCGCGUGGUGGCAGCGGUCCAGGAGUGGAACCAGAACGAGACCUACAACCUGUACGUGUCGGAGACGGCCGGCGUGUUCUACACCCUGGCCCUGGAGAACGUGGUCAGCAGCAUGGGACCGGAGGGGAACGUCAUGGUGGACCUCUACGAGGUGGCUGGGAUUAAAGGGAUGUUCCUGGCUAACAAGAAGGUGGAGAACCAGGUGAAGACCUUCAUCACCUACAACAGAGGGAGGGACUGGAGGCUGCUGGAGGCCCCCAACACUGACCUCAGGGGAAACAGCCUCCACUGUGUACUGCCGUACUGCUCCCUUCACCUCCACCUCCACGUUUCUGCCAACCCCUACACGUCUGGGAACAUCGCCAGUAAGGACUCUGCUCCUGGAAUCAUCAUGGCUUCAGGCUCCAUCGGUGCAGAGCUGUCCACCAGCAACGUGAGCAUGUUCAUCACGUCUGACGCCGGAAACACCUGGAGACAGAUCUUCGACGAGGAGUACGCUGUGCUCUACUUGGAUCAAGGGGGGGCCCUAGUGGCAAUACGACACACUCCACUUCCCAUCAGGCACCUGUGGUUGAGCUUCGACGAGGGCCGGCAGUGGAGCAGAUACAGCUUCACGUCGUCGCCGCUGUUCGUGGACGGGGUUCUGGGCGAGCCGGGGGAGGAGACGCUCAUCAUGACGAUAUUCGGCCAUGUCAGUCACCGGUCGGAGUGGCAGCUGGUCAAGAUCGACUUCAGGUCCAUUUUCAACAGGAGGUGCACAGAGGGGGAUUAUCAAACCUGGCACCUGCAUGACCAGGGAGAACCCUGCAUCAUGGGAGUGAAAAGAAUCUACCGGAAGCUGAAGCCAAUUGCCAGGUGCGUUAUGGGUAAGACGUACUCUGUGACGAUGACCUCGGGACCCUGCGACUGCACAGAGAGGGACUUUGAGUGCGACUACGGUUACGAGAGGCGCGCAGACAGCAAGUGCACCCCAGCGUUCUGGUUCCACGCGUCCACCAUGUCGAGGAGCUGCACCACAGGGGCCACGUUCCUCAACAGCACUGGCUACAGGAAGGUGGUGUCCAACAACUGCACCGCCGGCGUGAUAGCCGAGUACACGGCCAGGAGGCAGCACUGCCCCGCCCAGCCCCCCAGAGGCCUGCACCUGGUCACCAGCGAGGGGACGCUGACCGCCACCCUGGCCGCCAACAUCACCUUCCUAGUCUUCCUGGAGGAGGGCGACGGGGCCAGGACGAGCGUCACGCUGGACUUUGGGGACGGCCGCGCUCUGACCUACUCCAACGUGAGCUCCAUCGAGGAGGGCAUCAAGCACGUGUACAAGGCGGUGGGGAUCUACCGCGUGACCGCCACGGGGGAGAACGCCCUGGGCUCUGAGAGCGUCACCCUCCACCUCCAUGUCACUUGUCCUCUGGAGUACAUCCAUCUCUCAGCUCCCUUCGUUGCGGUGAAGAACAAGGAGGUGAACCUGACUGCUGUGCUGUGGCCCAGCCAAGUGGGGACCGUCACGUACAUCUGGUGGUUUGGAAACAACACUGAGCCAGUGAUCACCCUGGAGGGGAGUGUGCCAUGCAUGUUCUCCAGGGAAGGUAUCAACACUGUCACUGUGCAGGUGUCCGCCGGGAACAGCAUACUGCAGGACAGGAAAACCAUUGCCGUCCAUGAAUACUUCAAAUCUCAUCUCCUCGCCUUCUCGUCCAACCUGGACGAGCACAACCCUGACGUGGCGGAGUGGAGGCAGGAUGUGAGCAGGGUCAUCAAAGCCUCCAUGGUCCAGGCUUCUGGGAUCAGGGAAGACAUGCUGCUCGUCACAGUCCUCCCAGGGUUGCCCACGGCAGCAGAGUUUUUCCUCCUGCCAGACAAGGAGGUCACAGAGGGAAAGCCAGAGAAGAGCUCUGCUCAUUUAGACCAGCUGUCUGAGGUCUUGCUCAGCGCCCUCAAUCAGAACCUGGUUCAGUUCACCCUGCGACCUGGGGUCCAGGUCACUGUGUACGCGGCUCACCUGUCAGCAGCUCCCCUAGUGGAUACCAGCGAGAACCACAGCGGCUCGGCCAUGCUAAUGCUGCUAUCGGUGGUGGUUGUGGGUUUAGCUGUAUUUGUCGUCUACAAAUUCAAAAGGAAGAUCCCAGGCCUCAACGUCUAUGCGCAAAUGCAGAACGAAAAAGAACAAGAAAUGAUCAGUCCAGCGAGUCCGACAGAGGUCGCCCCGAACUCCCAGAGAGACGUGGCUACUUCAUCGGUGUUUCUGGACACAGAGCUUAGUACACGACCCAUCGGAUGUAUUAAGCCUCACGCACAUGUCAAAUUUUCGACGGAACUCCCCACAUACAUCAACGUUUAAAACUUCAGACACAAAACAACAAUCCAGGUGUCAUGGAUUUUCUACCAUUUUUCUGGACGCGAUGGUUUUGAGCUUUAUACCUGUGCAUGUUGGACCUUGCUGACACUAAACUGUGCUCUGUGAAAACCAGAAGAAACUGUGUACAGGUUUUUUUUACAUAAACUGUACAUCCAUCUAAUAAGUCAUUUUUAUUAUGUUUAUUUAUAUAAAUUCAACUACAUAAGGGG